UUGCUCUUAACAUUGAUUGGCUGAGGCAUUCUAAUAUGGCUGCCUUUGUAAGCUAUGAUAUCAUAAAAAUAUUGCAUUUUGUGUUAAAUGUCAACUGUGAAGAAUGAGAGAGUGUUACAUCAUAUAUGAAGUCAACAAGAUUGAAAGAAAGUGAAUCAGGACAGUUACAAAUAACCAUUAAUUGGGGAGAGAAGAGAAGUGAAUAGACAAUAUCAGAAUGCCUUAUCUAGGAGGACGAUCUGGCGGGAGAGGACUUGGUGUUUUACUCCUCGGAGCACAGAUGAUGAACAUUGGUGUAGAUAACAUUCCUCCCGUGACACUGGCAGCAGUUGUACUACAAUCAGCCAUCUUUUUACAAUUUGGUGAUCUGAUGAAAUGGUUCCCCAAUGCAGGCAAAGUUUGUCUUAGUGUUUAUCAUGUUUUAUAUCGUAAAGAAUGGCGAAGGUUGAUAUUAGCAGCAUUGUACCAUUCCAAUGACAUUCAUUUAUAUUACAACAUGGCAUCAUUCCUUUACAAAGGGAGAGUACUGGAGCGUAAAUUUAAAAGUGUGUAUUUUUUGUACUUACUUGCAGUAUUUACAGUAUUAACUAGUCUGACUUAUCUUGGACUUAACAUCGCUCUGGAGAGAGUACUUGAUGAUUCAUCAUAUGAUCUUGUAUGUGCAGUAGGAUUUUCAGGUGUGAUAUUUGCAUUGAAGGUGUUAGUGAGUCACUAUAGUCCAGCAGGAACUCAGUACAUCUUAGGUUUUAUACCUGUACCAAGCAAGAUAGCUUUCUGGGCAGAGCUUGUUAUAAUACAACUUAUUACACCCCAUGUUUCAUUUACAGGUCAUUUGGCUGGGAUAUUAGUAGGUUUACUAUACAUAAAAGGUCCACUAAAACCAUUGAUGGACAGUCUUAUUGCUCCAGGUCCACUAAAACCAUUGAUGGACAGUCUUAUAGCUCCAGGUAGGUUAGGACAUUUGGCUGGGAUAUUAGUAGGUUUACUAUACAUAAAAGGUCCACUAAAACCAUUGAUGGACAGUCUUAUUGCUCCAGGUCCACUAAAACCAUUGAUGGACAGUCUUAUAGCUCCAGGUAGGUUAGGACAUUUGGAUAGGAUAUUAGUAGGUUUACUAUACAUAAAAGGUCCACUAAAACCAUUGAUGGACAGUCUUAUUGCUCCAGGUAGGUUAGGCCAUUUGGAUAGGAUAUUAGUAGGUUUACUAUACAUAAAAGGUCCACUAAAACCAUUGAUGGACAGUCUUAUUGCUCCAGGUAGGUUAGGCCAUUUGGCUGGGAUAUUAGUAGGUUUACUAUACAUAAAAGGUCCACUAAAACCAUUGAUGGACAGUCUUAUAGCUCCAGGUAGGUUAGGACAUUUGGCUGGGAUAUUAGUAGGUUUACUAUACAUAAAAGGUCCACUAAAACCAUUGAUGGACAGUCUUAUAGCUCCAGGUAGGUUAGGACAUUUGGCUGGGAUAUUAGUAGGUUUACUAUACAUAAAAGGUCCACUAAAACCAUUGAUGGACAGUCUUAUUGCUCCAGGUAGGUUAGGCCAUUUGGCUGGGAUAUUAGUAGGUUUACUAUACAUAAAAGGUCCACUAAAACCAUUGAUGGACAGUCUUAUUGCUCCAGGUAGGUUAGGCCAUUUGGCUGGGAUAUUAGUAGGUUUACUAUACAUAAAAGGUCCACUAAAACCAUUGAUGGACAGUCUUAUAGCUCCAGGUAGGUUAGGUCAUUUGGCUGGGAUAUUAGUAGGUUUACUAUACAUAAAAGGUCCACUAAAACCAUUGAUGGACAGUCUUAUUGCUCCAGCUCCAGCCUACACAUAUCAGAGACAGUCAACAGGCUACAGAACAGGUUAUGCAGAAUCUAACAGAGGUUACACCACUCGUAGUACCAGUCAACAGGAACCCAGAUCUAACAAUUAUACGGCAGGACUGAGUGAAGAGGAACAAGUUCAAAGAGCUAGGGAAGAGAGCUUAAGAGACGAAGAAAGCAGAAGGAACACCAACAAACUGUACCCUGACUUGGAUGAUUUACGACAAAGAAGACAGGAUAGAUUUCAGUGACAUUUUAAUAAAAUUAUUGUUUGUUAUAAAA